AUGCCCGAAUUCUGCUACGCUUUUUCUAGUUGUGAAGAUGCUCAAGCCUCGAGCGGAGCAGAUGCAUUUCUCGGUGAUACCAGCAUUUUCAGCUCCGGCAUGUCGCCAAAGACGUACUCGUCAGGCGCUGUAAUCGAUGCCACCGCCGUUGCCGUCACCGCCGCCGCCUACCAGAACUACUACCCGAUGGUGCCAUCUCGUCUGGAGCCGACAUUCCGUAGGUCGGAGACGGCCGGAGGCGUGUUGACACCGACUGCGUUGGGGCUCGGUCCUGGGGCUCUGGUCCCGGGGCAGGGCAGCUGCCUCAGCGGCGAGACGCAGCAGAUGGUACGCCCGCCGGCCGGCCCACUGCAUGGCCUCAUGUUGCAUUCGCCAUCACCUUCCACGGCUCUCAUGAACACCGGCUCUUCUGCCUACUUUCAGGCCUAG